AUGGCUUUGGACAAUUACUACCGCAACAAGAUCGAGGGUAUGAAGCUCGAGAUUAUUCAAGGACAAGCGGUUCUACGACGACUAGAAGCACAACGCAAUGACUACAACUCCCGAGUACGCCUCCUGCGGGAGGAGCUCGGGCUCCUGCAACAGCCGGGCUCCUACGUGGGUGAGGUGGUGAAAGUGAUGAGUACCAAGAAGGUCUUGGUGAAGGUACACCCGGAAGGCAAAUACGUGGUGGACAUCGCAGAUGGAGUGGACAUUGGGAAACUCACCGUCGGAAAACGUGUCGCUCUCCUUUCGGACUCGUAUAAGCUGGAGAAGAUGCUGCCGUCGUCGGUUGAUCCACUGGUCUCGCUCAUGAUGGUCGAGAAGGUCCCGGACAGCACAUAUGACAUGAUCGGUGGGUUGGACCAGCAGAUCAAGGAGAUCAAGGAGGUCAUCGAACUGGGCCUCAAGCACCCGGAGUUGUUUGAGUCACUCGGUAUUGCGCAGCCGAAGGGUGUCUUGCUCUACGGCCCCCCGACUCUGCUGGCGCGAGCCGUGGCGCACCACACCGAUUGUCGGUUUAUCCGAGUCAGCGGAUCCGAACUGGUGCAGAAGUAUAUUGGUGAAGGUAGCCGCAUGGUGCGUGAGCUGUUUGUCAUGGCUCGAGAGCACGCCCCCAGCAUUAUCUUCAUGGACGAAAUCGACAGCAUUGGGUCAAGCCGGAUAGAUUCGGCUGGCUCUGGUGACUCGGAAGUGCAACGGACGAUGCUGGAGUUGCUGAACCAGCUGGAUGGAUUUGAACCCACCAAGAAUAUCAAGAUCAUUAUGGCGACGAAUCGACUGGACAUCCUGGAUCCUGCUCUGCUGCGCCCAGGGCGGAUUGACCGGAAGAUCGAGUUCCCUCCACCCUCGGUCGAAGCUCGUGCGGAUAUUCUGCGGAUCCACUCGCGGUCCAUGAACCUGACGCGGGGGAUCAACCUCACCAAGAUCGCGGAGAAGAUGAACGGGUGCUCUGGUGCUGAGCUGAAGGGUGUCUGCACAGAGGCAGGCAUGUACGCACUGCGGGAGCGCCGGGUGCACGUCACACAGGAAGACUUUGACCUGGCGACAGCUAAGAUCCUUAACAAGCACGACGACAAGGAGGUCGCGGUGUCGAAGCUGUGGAAGUAG